AUGACUGAAGCAGGAAUACAAAUUCCUGAAGAUUAUGAUUAUCCUAUUUCAGAUCAUCUGAUUAUUUGGCUUGAUGCAUAUAUUGGUAGAUCUAACGAAUAUAAAAAAUUAAAACAGACUUUUACGAGUAAUAUGGAUCCACGAAGUCAAACUUGGACAAUGUUGACUGAUCCAGAUUAUGAUAACCUUCUUCAUGUUAAUACACCCACACCAGUUCAUUUUGCUGGGGUACCCUUUCUACUGUUGACCUUUGAUGAUCCAACUAGAUGUUAUGAAUCUUUCGAACAGAAUAAAGAUAAACUUAUCUAUUUUAUUACUUCUGGAAUUAUGGGCAAAGAAAUUGUACCAAAACUUAUUGCAAAUUAUGAACAAUUAUUUAAAGAUCCAAUCACUAGGAAGAUUUAUUAUUCAAUUUAUAUCUUCUGUGGAAAUACAAAAUAUCACAUGGAUUGA